AUGAGUAUCAUUCCGGGAAAAACGUGGCCAUGGCAAAAUUCAACCUCUAAUAUGAAGAGAGGAGCAUUCAUUGUCAUAGAAGGACUUGAUCGGGCUGGGAAAACAACACAAGUCAGGCGGCUGUGUGAUAAGCUAUAUUCCCUUGGGUACAACAUCAAAGAAAUCAAAUUUCCUGAUCGCACGUCACCAAUCGGCAAGAUGAUCGACAGUUAUCUCCAAGACUCUAUUCAAAUGGAUGAUCAUGCCAUCCAUCUCUUGUUCGCCGCGAAUAGAUGGGAAAAAUCAAAAUGGAUUCAAGAUAAUCUUUCGAAUGGCUACACAAUAGUAUGCGAUCGAUACUAUCAUUCAGGAAUGGUGUACAGUGCAGCAAAAAACGAUCAAUCACUCUCCCUCGAGUGGGCAAGGACAUGUGAUGUUGGACUGCCGUGUCCUGAUAUUGUCUUCUUUCUUGAUCUAGAGCCAUCUGAGGCAGAAAAGAGAGGUGGAUAUGGCGCCGAGAAAUACGAAAAGAAAGAAAUGCAAGAGCGGGUUAGAGGGAUAUUCCAUAGUCUACUUCAACUCGAUACACAAGAUGGACGCAUGCAGAUGAUUGACGCGGGGACAUCCGAAGACGUAGUAGAGUCCAAAAUCUUCAACGCGGUCAAUGGUUUUUUGGAAUCAAAGGAUGGAAUAGAGAUAAAAACCCAAAUCGGUAAACUUCAACCAUUGCCAUGA